AUGGCCACUCACGAUAGGCGAGCGAGCGCUGUCUGUGAUAAAGAGGGCGGUGGAGCGAAGGAUGUUUUGCGUGUUUCUCCGCGACCAUACGAACAAUCAGUGUAUCCGCCAGAUGAGCGGCGCGGAGGAUGUCACAGUAAUCACAUGAGGAAGUAA